AUGGCUUCAGAAUCGUCGAUUUGGGAAGUUCGCAAUUCCUCGGCUUAUCUUGAUCUUUACAACCUAUAUGGAUGGGAAAACAAAAAGUACUUCUCAAUCAUGCUAAACCAUGGAGGUAGUUUCCUCUACUACCCAAAUCGAGAUUACAUUGGAGGCAUCAUUGACUAUAUAGACUUCAUCGACGUUGAAACUUUCUCUACAGAGAAAGCUUUUGAUAAUCAACAAAAAGUUGCUCAACUUCAUGUUUCAUUAGAUUCACUUCACUCAAUAGAAUUUUCAUGGAAUAUCUUCUUCGAAGAUUUCUCAGUUGCAUGA